AUGGAAUAUAAAGAUAGCGACGAAUGCAAUACCGAAAAAUCAAAGGCCAUAUGCCAGCCCGAUGAAAAAGAUGAUUCAUGCGAAGAAGCAUUUAAAGAUGCUGUAAAAAAACUUUUGAACGUCAAAGAAUCUGAAUCAAUCGAUUAUUUUGAUCACUUAGAAACAAUGUUAGAAAACAAAAAAUUCAAAAUUGAUUCUUCAUCAUUCGUUUCUUCUGGUGUUGUUGAAACAUUAGUAAAAAUUUUGUUCGAAAAUACAUCUGACAUUCAUUCAAAAGCACUUUCAUUAUUACGUACUUUAUCUAAUUACAAAGAUGUAGCUCAAUUUCUCAAUCAAGAAAAGAUUAUUAAUUAUUUAAUUAAUUUUGCAUUAGACUUCAACAACUCAAUGGAAGAUAUAUGUUAUGAUUUUUAUAUUUUGAAAAAGAUAGUACCUUUUCUUACAGAUGAAAAUGUUGUAAAUUCAUUUCCGGUUGAAGAAUUUUCUGGAUUGGACCUUCGAACUGCUCCAAUCACAUUUUUUACAGAAUUGUUGAUUCACCAUCCAGAUUCAAUAUUGUUUGAUCGUAUAAUAUUAUAUUUUAACAGGUAUACACCAUUUAUUUCUAGGACAGUGCAUCUUGCAGAAACAUUUUUGAAAGCAGUAAUUCCAAAACACCCAGAAAAAAAUUAUGCGUGA